AUGCCCGCUGUCAAGGAGUCCGUCCUCCUUGCGCAGCAGCACCUCACAGACGACGCGAUGGCGCUCAAGACCACCAAGGCCACGACAAGGCCACUUGACAUCAUCGAUAUCCAGAAUGCGCGGAUCGAUAUUAACCUCAAGGACGAGAUCCUUACUCAGAUGAACCCCGAGCAGGGCCCUCGCACGCUGCCCACACUGCUUCUAUAUGACGAGAGGGGGCUUCAGUUGUUUGAGGAUAUUACAUAUCUGGACGAGUACUACCUCACCAACUAUGAGAUCGAGCUCUUGAAGAAAUCGGCGGCCGAAAUGGCCAGUAAAAUCCCUGAGGGAGCCAUCGUGGUGGAGCUGGGCAGCGGAAAUCUGCGUAAAGUCUGUCUUCUUCUGCAAGCAUUUGAAGAUGCCAAAAAGAAGAUUGACUAUUUCGCUCUGGAUUUGUCCCAGACUGAGCUGGAGCGCACACUUGCAGAGGCUCCCGAGUUUGAAUAUGUAAGCUGCCGGGGCUUGCGCGGAACUUAUGACGAUGGUUGCGAGUGGCUCAAGCAGGAGGCGAUGCUGUCUCGCCCAAAGUGCAUCUUGCAUCUCGGCUCCAGCAUUGGCAACUUUAACCGUGAUGAGGCGGCAGAUUUCCUCAGAUCGUUUGCAGAGAUCCUGCAGCCCACAGAUCUCAUGAUUGUCGGCGUCGACUCAUGUCAGAACCCCGACAAGGUUUACCAUGCAUACAAUGAUAGCAAGGGCGUCACACAUCAGUUCGUUCUCAAUGGACUCACCCAUGCAAAUGAGAUCCUCGGCGACGAAGUCUUCAACGUCGAAGAGUGGAACGUCACUGGCGAGUAUGUUUACGACGUUGAUGGUGGUCGUCACCAGGCCUUUGUCUCGCCUCUUGAGGUAGCUUCAGUUCUGGGACACAUCAUCAAGCCCCACGAGCGCAUCAAGAUUGAGCAGAGCUUCAAGUACUCUGACAUUGGUGUCGCCAAGCUGUGGAAGACGGCCGGCUUGGAAGAGGUCACCAGAUGGAGCCACAAUGGUGAAUACGGGCUACACAUGCUGAAAAAGGCAAAGAUGCCCUUCACCAGACUCCCUGAGCUGUACGCCAGCGACACCCUGCCUACCUGGGCCGAUUGGGAGAAUCUCUGGGCGGCGUGGGAUACCGUCACCCGAAAGAUGCUCCCCGACGAGGAGCUCAACGAGAAGCCCAUCAAGCUACGCAAUGCGUGCAUCUUCUAUCUUGGCCACAUUCCCGCCUUCUUGGACAUUCAGCUGAAGAAGACGACAAAGGCCGGCGGAACAGAGCCCGUCUAUUUCCACAGCAUCUUUGAAAGAGGCAUCGACCCUGACGUCGACAAUCCCGAAAUGUGCCACGACCACUCGGAAAUCCCCGAUGAGUGGCCUCCUUUGGAGGAUAUCCUGGCUUACCAGGACCGUGUCCGUGAGAGACUGCAGAAGAUGUACGCCAACCCCGAUGAAUUGGUCGGAGAGGUGCGCCGCGCCGUCUGGAUCGGCUUCGAGCACGAGGUGCUUCACCUUGAGACUUUGUUGUACAUGCUGCUCCAGAGCGACAAGACGCUUCCGCCACCACACACGGUGAUCCCGGAUUUCCCAAAGAUGGCGCAGAAGGCGUAUGCACAGCGUGUGGCCAACGAGUGGUUUGAAGUCCCGGAGCAGACGAUUACCAUUGGAAUGGACGACCCUGAGGAUGAGCACGACUCAAAGCGUCACUUUGGAUGGGACAACGAGAAGCCCGCAAGGCAAGAAAAGGUGCAUGCGUUUGAAGCCAAGGGCAGACCCAUCACCAACGAAGAAUACGCCAAAUACCUCAUCUCAUCUCACAUCGAGGCCCUCCCCGCCUCAUGGUCCAUCAUCCCCCCCAACUACCACCACAACACCAAUGCCACAACUCCCGGAAAGCCCAUCCUCAGUGAGCUUCCCGAGAGCUUCAUCCACGACAAGGCCGUGCGCACCGUCUAUGGGCUGGUGCCCCUGAGAUAUGCUCUCGACUGGCCUGUUUUCGCAUCGUACGAUGAACUUGCUGGCUGUGCCGCCUGGAUGGGUGGAAGAAUCCCCACGAUGGAGGAGGCCAAAAGCAUUUAUGCAUAUGUCGAAAGGCAGAAGGACAUGGCCAAGCAGAGCAAAUUGUCUAACAAGGUUCCAGCAGUCAAUGGUCACCUUGUCAACGACGGCGUCCAGGAAACUCCCCCAUCGACAACCUCCCCCUCGUCCCUCUUCGCCGAUCUCAGCAACACCAACACCGGCUUCCUCCACUGGCACCCUGUUCCCGUGACCCCUAACGGCGGCUCCCUCGCCGGCCAGGGCGAGCUCGGCGGCGUCUGGGAGUGGACCAGCACCGUCCUGCGGCCGCACGAGGGGUUCCGCCCCAUGAGCAUCUACCCCGGGUACACGGCUGACUUCUUUGACGAGAAGCACAACGUCGUGCUGGGCGGCUCGUGGGCGACGCACCCGCGCGUGGCGGGCAGGAAGAGCUUCGUCAACUGGUACCAGAGGAACUACCUGUAUGCUUGGGUUGGAGCACGCUUGGUGCGAGAUUUGUAG